AGCAAAGUCACCGUCUCUCCCUCCAUCUCUGUCUCCGUUGAUAAAACCCUAAAAACGAAUCUUUUCUGCUGUCUAGCGAACCAGUUCGAUCUCUCCGUUCGAAAGUCAUCGUUGAUUGAUCCUCGUAGUGGGAAUUGAGCUGCUGAUUCGCCGCCUCGCCGUCCGGUGAAGUAGAAGAGAGAUGUCGGAGAAGUUUUCCGCGACGCUUCGGAUUGGAGAUCUCAACGAUUUCAUUGCGCCGUCUCAGUCCUGUAUCGUCUCUGUUAAGGGCCUCAAGUCCGCUCCGGCGAAGAAAACCGAUACGCCGCAGGUAUCAAUUGCCAACAAGCAAGUACGAGAGGAACCGGUAAAAAUUUCGCUCAAGGACUGCUUAGCAUGCAGUGGCUGUAUCACUUCAGCGGAGACUGUUAUGCUUGAGAAGCAAAGCUUGGACGAGUUCCUGUCUAAUAUUGACAAGGGAAAGGCUGUUAUUGUCUCGGUGUCUCCCCAAUCUCGAGCUUCACUUGCAGUUCAUUUUGGCAUCUCCCCUCUUCAGGUUUUAAGGAAGCUGACAACAUUUUUCAAGUCUAUGGGAGUGAAGGCAGUCUUUGAUACUAGUAGUAGCAAAGAUAUAACUCUUACAGAGUCUUGUAAAGAAUUUGUUAUGCGUUAUGAGCAAAGGGAACUAAAAGGUGGAGAAAAUGGCGAGCUUUCCCUUCCCAUGCUUGCUUCUGCAUGCCCAGGUUGGAUAUGCUAUGCUGAAAAAACACUUGGAUCUUUUGUUCUGCCCUAUAUUUCGACUGUAAAGAGUCCCCAGCAGGCCAUGGGAGCUAUUGUCAAAAAUCACCUGUGCCAGGAAGUGGGUCUCAGGCCAGAGGAGAUCUAUCAUGUGACUGUCAUGCCUUGCUAUGAUAAGAAGCUUGAGGCUGUUAGAGAUGACUUUGCUUAUGAAUUGGAAUCUCAAAACAAGGCCGAGGGGAAAGAGGUUCACCGAAUUAGUGAAGUAGAUUCUGUUUUGACUUCUGGAGAAGUUCUAGAUUUGAUACGGAUCAAAGCCACGAACUUUAAAGCUCUGGAAGAGUCACCACUGGACAAUCUGAUGACGAAUGUUAAUGAACAUGGAGAACUUUAUGGGGUCCGCGGGAGCUCGGGAGGUUACGCAGAGACAGUUUUUAGAUAUGCUGCCAAGGCACUGUUUGGAAGAGAUGUUGAAGGCCCUUUGGAUUUUAAAGUUAUAAGAAAUUCAGAUUUUCAGGAAGUAACCCUGGAGGUGAAGGGUGAAACCAAAUUGAAAUUUGCACUAUGUUAUGGCUUUCGGAACCUACAGAAUGUUGUCAGAAAAAUAAAGAGCAAGAAGUGUGAUUAUGAUUUUGUUGAAGUCAUGGCGUGUCCUUCAGGUUGCUUAAAUGGUGGAGGUCAAAUUAAGCCUGACCCAGAUCAAACGGCCAAGGAUUUGAUUCAGGCAUUGGAAGCUGUUUAUGCACAAGACGUUUUGGGAGCUGAUCCGUUUGAGAGUCCCCUUGUGAGAAAGAUGUAUAAUGAAUGGCUUGAGCAGCCUGGCUCAAAGAAAGCGAAGAAAUACAUGCACACAGAGUACCACCCGGUGGUCAAAAGUGUUACUUCGCAGUUGCAUAAUUGGUGAAUUGUUUGCGCCCAACGGAUGGAUAGGACCUCAACUAGGGAUUGCAGAUAUUCUUCAGCUCUCUCCGACACGACUCCUCCGAUAUCUUCAAUCUUCAUUGAUGGGACCUAGAGAGUCCCUCCAAUUUUGAUACGACAGGUAGUGAAUUGCUUGUUCUGCUCGUGUAUAGUUUUCUGUAUUUAUUCUCGAGAAUAAUUAAUGUUCCUCCAUGUAUAUUGAAUUUUUAAUUUUUCACAUCUCUAUACAGCAGGGAAGCACAAUUAAUAUCUGUUUGUUUGUUGCCAUACUUGAUCUUUAUGCCGAUUAUGUAUACACCUUUUACUGGUUGAGGCGAAUCCGCACCCUUGUAUAUAACCACUAAGGGGUGAUAAAAUAGAGCUCGCAGAAGAUUUUUUAA